AGCUCGACUUUGAGAGCAUGGAAGUUGGACUGAUUAAGUGGCUGAGCAUUCGUGGUCCAAAUUCCAAAGAAUCUCGUCUAAUCGCCACCACCUAAGAGAACCAGAGAAGAUAGAUAUAUCUGCCUUAUACUUGGACUAGAUCGCUUGGACUGUUGAGGCAUCCAAGUUGCUAAAGUUUUAGUCAUUUGCCAAUGAAAUGAGACAAAUAGUCUAUGAUGUCUGCUGGCUCUUGGUGAUCUUUCUGAAAAAUGCUUAGCAACUUUCCUUGCUCGCGAGGGCCUGCCCGUGGAAAAGCCAGCGAACAUCGGUUCGAAGAAGAAUAUGAGGACGAAGACGGACUUGCGAAAGGAAAGUAGACCUACUGCUCUGCACAACCACGUUCCCUCGGACCAAAGCAGCCAUUGCAGAAGCACUCCUGGUGGUUGUAGUUGUGGUGGUGGUGGUGCUGCUGCUGGUUGGGGUGGUACUCGUACGAACAUCUAAACGUACUUACCUACUACUGCAUGCUCUUUUACUCACUCGAACCUAUUGUCGGGGUGGAGAUUGGAGAUACUGUACGUACGUACGAGGUACGUAGAGCAGGGCUCGUCGGUCUCACUCACUCACUCGUUCAAGUCGCGGAACCCACGUAAGCCCUCGAUAGCUCGGUUGGUUCAGGGGGAGACUGAGGGCCAAUCCCUGAUCAAGUCAAACUAGACCCGAACCGAGAGUGAAAAUGGACAUGGAGUCUUUGAAAAUUCGCUGUGUAACAACCGUCCGUCGACACACUUUCGAGGAACGGACGGCCAUAGUGUCAGCCAGCUAAGAACAAGGCCUUUUCCUUGCUGCUAUCGAUUACUUUGCCAAAGACUUUCUGAAUUGAGAGAGUUUGCCAAUUGUUCACACUUCUCACGUUUAUGGUGCCCAAAAAGCAAGUGACCAACGAGACCAUGAGCAGUGGAAGUUCACCCCACCACCCCUCAGAAUCGGGGGCUUUCAGGCCUCCUCCGUGCAAAAGGAAAAAGCUGGACGAGCCAAACAUGCUGGAGGAAGAACAAAACCAAGAGCAAGAGGAGGUAACCAUGCUCUCCAGAACCUUGACAAGGUCGGGCUCAUCAGACUAUCAAAGGUCGGACAUUGAGGUGUCCAACAUCAUGAAGCAAUGGCGACAUUUUCGCAGUGAUCAGCGCUUCACCGACCUAACCGUGUUCUGUGGGCCCAAGGGAACCAAAGUGAAGACCACCAAGUUGCAUCGGCUCAUCUUGGCCAGUUGUAGUGAAUUCCUGUCCGAGCUCCUUCGGGAACGCGAGGAAGCCGUCCUCAUAUUGCCAGACUGUGACCCCGCAGAUUUCUUGAAUCUCGUGGAAAUCCUCUAUGGUGAAAGGGUUUGCUCCCAUGACACUGGCUACCCCAGUGCGGACCUCCUCCAGCUCCUCAAAAUCACGUCUUUUCCCCUGCUGGACAAAGGCACGCCCUAUGCUGACUCAGGAACCGAAAGUGCCGAUGCCGAGUUGGGCUCCUUGUUCCAAGGCCAGGCCCACGAGGAUCUCUUUCUCAAUCAAAACAUUGAAGAGGCAUUGGGGACGCUCAACUUUGAAGACCCCAAUCUCAAUUUGGCCGACGUUAUGCGCGAAGAGGCUCUCAUUCCCGCUAGCACCACCCUGCCUACCAUUGGCACCACCGAAUCCAACGGUCCCAAUCGGAGUGCCAGCAACCAGUCCCUCAAUACCAUGGGGUUCUCGCCCAAUGCCUUCCAGUCAGAUUCUUUUUCCCCCAAUCGGAAACCCAGUGACAAUGAGCCGGUCCCCGUGUUGGUGUCCGAGACAGGCCCUGAACCAGUCUUAGUAGCAAACCCCUUCAGCAUAGCCCCACCUACCCCUUUCAUGGAUCGGCAAGCUGAACAAACCAACCUGCCUCUCUCCAGCCGGAAAAGAGACGGUCGACCCUUGGGCAAGGGGAAACCAAGUAGUUACGUGAAGUCGUUGCAAGGCGAUGAUUCUCAAUCCCUCCCGGGUGCCACUGAUUGGUCCGAUAAUGAGAGUGUGUGCUCAGAUUGGUCGGAUAAUGACGAUACAUUGGGUUGGACCGAUGACGAAGGUGGACUCUCUGGCAAAUCUGGACAUCGUCGAAACAGGUCGGCCUCCUCUGGCCGAGGUGUUAGGUCCAAAUCAAGAGAAUCAAGAAGUGCCACAAGACCACAAGAACCCAAAGAAAAACUGGACCGCCAACCUCGAAAGACAUCAUCAGAGCCUCCUACUUCCUCGAUAGUUCCUUCAGUUCCGGAAGUCAUCAUAGAUUUGAGCGAAGACGAUCCUCCGGCUAGCUCGCAAACGAAUGGAGAAGCCGACGGUGGAUAUGGGGCACUGAGUGAGGGGGGAUACGACAAUGACAUGAAUGACGUGAACAUUUUAGAAUCCUCGGACAUGGAGUUCCAACUUAGAUUAUCCGUGUCGUCGGCUUCGGUCGGCUCCAGAGACUUGAGGGAUUGCUCAAACUCAUUGCCCUCCCUUCCUUCUCGGAGUUCUUCAGUGGGAUCUGAUCUGAACGACACCUUUGGGGAUGAAGAUAUAAUCAGUCUACCCUCACAGGAAGUGGACGUCAUCUCGUUGUCAUCGUCCAAGUGUUCUAGGUCUUCAAAGAGAUCAGUCGGAUCUAUAGCGUCAUAUUCAGCUCCCAAUUUGGCCUUACUCCAGUCAUUCAAGAACAAGAAGGUUCCACCAACCCUCGCCGAGGGAACAAAAUCGAACCAAAUAUCCUCGACAGACACUACGUCAGCGGCUCAACAAUCAAGGGCCAUACCAAUACCAACACAUCAACAACAGCAGGAGCAACAGCAGGAGCAACAGCAACAACAACAACAGGAGCAACAACAACAACAACAAGAGCAACAACAACAACAACAACAACAACAACAAGAGCAACAACAUCAACAACAAAAGCUUCAGAAACAACAACAACCGCCAACAAGACCAUCAGCACCAUCUUCCCCAAGGACGACAUCAUCUACAAAAAGGCCCUCGGUUACAACUUCAACCAAUGCCCCCGUGUCAAAAAGCCAGAAACCAUCCCCGUCAUCUGCGACGGAACGACCUUCAAAAUCAGCCAAAUCUUUGAAGCCUUCUAAAAGCGCUGAAAUUAGCAAAUCAACACCCACAGUCAUUACUCCAAGUGAGUCUAGGCCCAUCACCAAGCCAGAUCAUGCCAACAAGAAGGUCAAAGUGACUAAAACCUCAACCUCGGUCCCCAAGUCCACCCCCAAGACCGCAGCUAAACCAAGCCCCAGCCCCAGUCCCAAACCCAGCCCAAAAGGCAGCCCGAAGCCUAGCACCAGUUCGAACUCCAAGACCUAUCAUAACUCGGACUUAUUUUCAAAGAUCCUCGACCAAAACUCAAAGGUGACUCUAGAAAAGUUGAAAGAUAAACCGAAGCCGAUCAAGAAGAAAGACCCGCCACCAAAUCCAUCAACAACGGCCUCACCCACAAGCAAGAAAACAGAACUGGUCAAAGCUCGGCCAGAGAUAUCCAAAAGUAAUGGAACCGCUUCAAAGUCCGUCAAGGGAUCGACCAAACUCAGAGCUCGCAGUCUCUCCAGUAGUUCCUCUUCGAGCUCAUCCUCCUCUGGGUCUUCGUCUUCGGGAUCAAGUUCGUCCUCAUCUGGAAGCUCAAGUUCUAGCUCAAGCUCCUCGUCGUCCUCAUCUUCUUCAACAAUUUCGAGUAGAGGCAAGGGCAACAAAAAGGUCGUGAUCCCAGUCAAGAGGCAAGACAACCUCGCAAAAUCAAAGGCCUUGAAGGCCAAAAAGAGAAGGCUCUCCGAUUCCAUGUCCGACUCUGAUUGAUUUGAAUGAAAUGCUAAGAAUAUAUAUCUAGUUUUAAAGAGCACAUCUGAUUUAUGUUCAACACCCUGGUAUUAUUUUUCGAGCAAACGAAGGGUAGAAUCCUUCUCGUUGCCUUCAAAGAAAAGAAUAUAUUCAUCUGAAAAAUCAA